AGCUGAUCUCGGGCCUUGGGUAAAACUCCCCAGUACAACCACUAGUGUACAAGUGCACUCAAACUCCCAAAUACUAUCUAAGAAGUGGGUGCGAACAACAUUAAUAUUCAACAUUGCACCAAAUUGCACCGAUGACCACCAACCAUCCCGAGCCCCUCCCACCGACCGUCUCAGACAUCCUCGCAGAUUGCUCCUGCGCUCGUGCCCGUUACACUGCCACACACCCUUCCUCCUACCGACGUUCACGCGUCCCCCCGCGUCUCCUCUCCCGUCUCCUCGGUGGCUCCUACCCCGACACCCCCUCAGCCUCCUUCUACCGUCUUUAUGAGUUCUUUAUCCUCGAUUGGAAUGUCCAAUUCCGAAACGAGCUCGAGUACUUCUGCUGCGCCCACCCCGGCUGGGCCGUCUCUUCCCUUCCUGACCCCGCAUACGCAGACGACGCAGACCCCGUUCGUCUUGCCGUUCUUGCUGUCCUUACCCAGUUGAUGUGUGCCGCUUUCAACCGACGCAUUGCGACUGGCUUGCCCAGGGACGCACCUGCUAUCGUACUUGAUUUUUCUGAGCUCGAGGCACGCCCGAAAGUCUUUGAAGAAACACCAGACUGGGCUAAGCGGGUCAGGCCACUUGAUGAGAAAAUUUACAUCCCGAAUAAGGACGGUCAAAUGUUGAAGGAGAACGAUGAAGAUGUCAGUGAAGAGUUCAAGGCAAUGAAUAUCAUUGUGCAGAUGCCGCAUAUUCAUUUUAUUUAGGUCAGUCUUUACUAAACUAGUGUGCUCGUCUGGACGCAUUCUUCUCAUUGCCCUUCGUUGCUUUCCUGUGUACAAGGGGCCUCCAUGCUCGCCCCUCUUUCACAAUCCAAUAUCCAAUCCCUUUCUACGCGCGUUAGUAAAUAAAAGUUUGUGAAUGUGGUAUACAUGGUUCCCAACAAUAAAUAAGUCGUGCAGUGUUGUGAACCAUUUGGGAUCUAAUUGGUCUGAACUAGUCGGGUAGUGGGCACGGGCCAGUGGCGGACGCCAUUGCACGGACAGAAUAGCAGAU